AUGGGAACCCUAGAAAACCCUCGGUCUAGAGUUUACUAUAUAAAGAAACAGUACUCACUGGAGAAAGGGGACAGACUCGCAUAUCGGGCGGUGACAAGCGCAUACUACCGAGGAGCAGUUGGAGCAAUGUUGGUCUAUGACAUGACAAAACGUCAAUCAUUCGAUCACAUGGCGAAAUGGCUGGAAGAAUUAAGAGGACAUGCGGACAAGAACAUAGUGAUAAUGCUAAUCGGAAACAAAUGCGAUCUCGGAAGCUUAAGAGCAGUGCCAACGGAAGACGCACAAGAGUUUGCACAAAGAGAAAACUUGUUCUUCAUGGAAACCUCAGCUCUUGAAGCUACAAAUGUCGAAACAGCAUUUUUGACAAUCUUGACAGAGAUAUACCGUAUAAUAAGCAAGAAAUCACUAACGGCUGAUGAUGAUGACGCCGAUGGUAAUUCAAGUCUCUUGAAAGGAACUAGAAUCAUCAUCCCUAGUGAGCAGGAGAGUGGGAAAAGAGGUGGAUGUUGCGGCAAAUCGUAAUUCUUUUACUAGACGAAAAG